UGCUCUAAACAAACAUGGCUGCUGAGCAGGUACCUUGAGUAUGCUCUGGACACAAAUGUGGUUCGCAAACAGGACGCUACCACUGUCAUAACCUACAUCUCGCGGAACACGAUUGGCAAAGGCCUGGUGUGGAACUUCGUGAGACAGAACUGGGACCAACUCAGGAAAGACUAUGGUGGGGGAUCGUUCUCCUUUUCUCGUCUUAUAUCUGGAGUCACAGAGUCAUUUAAUACUGAAUUAGAACUGCAACAGCUGAAGGACUUCAUAAAGGGUAGAGAUCUGGGGUCAGCCACCAGGGCCGGGGAGCAGGCCAUCGAGAAGGUCCAGGCCAGUGUAGAAUGGAUGAAAAAGAACCUCCCCAUCAUACAGAAAUGGCUGGACCGCACGGCCCCCACAAAACAGGUCAACAGAAACGUUCGCCUCCCUCGCUCUGUACUACCGGAACUAUACACCCUAGAACUCUUCCCAGACCUGUAUCAACCCAACCCAAAAAAUUUCACUUUCUCUGGAAAUCUGACGCUCCUCGUCAACGUCACGGCAAGAACCAAGAAUAUCACGUUACACAGUAACAUGAUCACGAUCGAGGAGAGCUCCAUUGAAGUGAAGGCCGUGGGAGGGGGAGGUAACUUGUUCAGCUCGUUGUCUCGUGAGGAGGAACUCAUGUUCUCGAUCUUUAAGCUGAACACCGAGCUGGUACCGGGACGGCAGUAUGAGCUGAGCUUGAAGUUUUCUGGUCCCCUUAAGGAUGACUUGGCUGGUCUCUAUUAUAGCACCUACACCAGCAACAAUCAAACCAAAUUUUUGGCCACAACUCAGAUGGAACCUGUGGAUGCCAGAAAAUCCUUCCCUUGCUUUGACGAACCUGACAUGAAGGCCAUGUUCAAGGUCACCCUGGUGCGACGAAAUGAUUUCAAAUCCUUGUCCAAUAUGCAGAUCCUAGAAUAUAAGAACAAGGAAAAUAACUUUGUGGCAGAUGUGUAUGACACAACUCCUCGAAUGUCCACAUACCUAUUAGCUUUUAUUGUCUGUCAGUUUGAGAAGACCACUACCACCACCAAAAAUGGAAUAAUUUACAGUGCCUGGUCUCUGCCUGAGGCCGUCAAUGAUACAAAGUUUGGUCUGGAUGUCGGAAACAAAACCAUCACUUAUUAUGAAGAGUAUUUCGACAUCCCUUUCCCACUGAAAAAACAAGACAUGAUUGCUAUUCCUGACUUUGCCGCUGGAGCUAUGGAGAACUGGGGCUUAAUUACGUACAGAGAGACCGCCAUGUUGUUUAAACCAGGAGUCUCCUCAGAAGGAAAUAGACAGAGAGUCACCACUGUAAUUACUCAUGAACUGGCCCACCAGUGGUUUGGUAACCUGGUCACUAUGAAGUGGUGGGAUGACCUUUGGCUCAAUGAAGGGUUCGCGACCUUUGUCGAAUAUAUGGGGGCAGAUCAUCUCUUCCCAGAUUGGAAAAUGUGGGAUCAGUUUAUUCUAAGUGAGCUGUAUUCUACAUUCAGCAUUGAUGCCUUUGUUACAUCUCAUCCAAUAUAUGUGCCUAUAAAAACAGUUGAUGAAAUGAAUGCUGUAUUUGAUACAAUAUCAUACUCCAAGGGAGGAAGCAUCAUCAGAAUGAUGAGGUUUUUCUUGGGGGAGGAGAACUUCAGAAAAGGCCUCAAUCUAUAUUUAGAGAGUAGGAAGUAUGGGAACGCCUUCCACGAUGACCUCUGGGAUGCCAUGGAUACGAUUGUUCAGCAGAAAAAUUUACAGUAUCCAACAUCAAUUCGAGCAAUAAUGCACACCUGGAUCAAACAAAUGAACUACCCUGUUGUCACGGUGACAGUCCCACGAGAUGGAGUCGUCAGGGCAACACAGAAUCGGUUCCUAAGAAACCCUGAUGCUAAAGAUCCACUUGUUUACAUUUCUCCAUUUGGCUAUAAAUGGUGGGUGCCAUUGACCUACACGACAAAGACAGAGAAGAAUUUUAAAAAGAACAGCAAUGAUGUGAAAUGGUUCAAUACAACAAGUCAAGAAUUCGCUGACCCUUCUGUGAAGACUUCUGAUUGGAUAAUAGCUAACACAGACCAGUAUGGCGUCUACAGGGUCAAUUAUACCGAGGCAAACUGGAUAGCUCUGAUAGCUCAACUCAAUCAAAAUCAUACUGUCAUAUCCACUAUCAAUCGUGCUCAGAUAAUUAAUGAUGCCUGGAGCUUUGCAAGAUCUAACCAGUUAGAUAUGAGUGUGGCUCUAGAGACAGUAGACUAUCUAUCUAAAGAGAGGGACUACAUUCCCCGUCAGGCGGGGGAGGGACAGCUGGCCUACAUAGACACCAUGCUGUCUCUGACCAAGUACUACGGAGAUUUCAGUAAAAAGAUGCAGAAUCUAGUGAGAGACAUUUACAAUGAGAUUGGUUUGAACAAUACAGGAGCCACACAUUUAGAAUCGUAUAUGAGAUCCAAUGUUGCCAUCACAGCAUGCUCCUAUGACAUCCCCGAGUGUCUGGCUGCAGCUGUAGAACAGUUCAAACAGUGGAUGGACCAGCCCAAUAAUAAUCAAAUUGACCCUGGACUGAAAUACACUGUCUACUGUACAGCCAUUAAAGAGGGUGGACAGAAGGAGUGGGAUUUUGCCUACAAUCAAUACAAAACCUCCCAAGUAGCCUCAGAAAGAGCCAAGAUCCUAGCUGCCCUGUCUUGUACUAAGGUUCCCUGGCUUCUUCAGAGGUUUUUGGAGUAUGCUGUAACUGACGGUGAGGUCAGGAAACAGGACGGUACGAGUGUCAUCUCGUCUGUAGGCAGUACGAUGAUUGGUCGACCCAUAGCCUGGAACUUUAUCAGAUCCCGCUGGGAUUAUAUCAUGAAUGAAUACAGUGAAGGGCAGUGGAAUGCGGGACGCUUUAUUAAGAGUAUUUCUGGAGCAUUUAACACGGAGUACCAGCUACAACAGGUAUAAACUAUAAAUAUAUAC